CACCGCACUGCACGGAGCCAUGCACUGAGUGUGGAGCAAAUGGUUUGUGUGGCCUUGCGCUUUUUGCUAGUGGAGCCUUCCUGUACUCAGUGGGGGAUGCAGAACAGCUGAACAAGGCCACAAUUUGCCACACAAUAAGGAGUGUGUGUCUGGCUAUCAAAGCAUUAGCAGAUGUCUUCAUCUCCUUCCCUGGCCACAGAAGACUCUGUGACAUCAAAGAGGAGUUCUAUAGGAUUGCAGGUUUCCCCAAUGUCAUUGGUGCAGUGGACUGCACACACAUAAGGAUAAAAGCCCCCUCAGGUGCCCAUGAGGCCGAUUUUGUGAAUAGGAAAUCCUUUCACAGCAUUAAUGUUCAGAUGGUCUGCAAUGCUGACUGUGUGAUCAGCAAUGUUGUGGCAAAAUGGCCUGGCUCAGUCCAUGACUCCAGAAUCUUUCGGGCCUCUGAAAUCUAUCAGUGCCUAUCACAAGGUGAAUUCUCUGGUGUGUUGCUGGGAGACAGGGGGUAUGGCUGCCAGCCUUUUCUCCUGACACCUUUCACAGACCCCCAGGAAGCACAGCAGGCCUACAACCAUGCCCAUGCCAGGACCAGGGCCAGAGUUGAAAUGACCUUUGGCCUCCUGAAGGCACGCUUUCACUGCCUUCACAAAUUAAGGGUCAGCCCUGUUAGGGCAUGUGAUAUUACUGUGGCUUGUGCUGUCCUCCACAAUGUGGCCUGCCUGAGGAAGGAGAGGGCCCCCAGAGUGCCACCAGCCAUGGACUGGGACAAUCCGGCAAUCUUCCCUGAUGACGACAGUGGUCGGCUGCUGAGGGACCAAUAUGUGUUGAAUUAUUUUAGUUAGUAUGUGUGCUUUCAAUUUUGGUUAAAUAUGUCCUGCGGUGGCAGAGGAAUUUGGGUUUUUUUGGGUUCGUUUUUUGACGAAUUUGGCCUCUUAUGAUGUUUGUGCGGUAUACUGUGUGUAAUACAAGGCUGCAGGGAGGCUACUGCAUCCAUUCAUUUGUCUGUUCAGUUGAUGUGUAUGGAUUUGUCCUGCAUUUAUUUUAGUGUGCAGACAUGCAGGGUGUGUUAUAUACAGACCUUUGAAUGUGUAUGUAUCAUUUUGUAUAAUAUGCUUGGAUUCUGUGCUUUCCAUCUUGUAGAGUCACUGUGACUUCAGUUUCGAAAGGAGCUGAUGGUUUACCUGCUUUGUUUUGUCCUUAUUCAAUAAAGGAACAUAAUGUUACACAUUGUGUUUUUAUAUUCAUA